AUGUCAAGCAUUCCGGCUAUCGACUUGACACAAGAAGACUCUGACGACGCGGGCGGGUUUUCUGAGUUUCGAGACAAUCAUUUUAAAGAUGACCACACUACAGCAAGGAGCCUUCCAAACUCGACGGUGCGUCUCCCGCGACUAAACUCAGCCAUGCAUGGAUUCAACAGUGUAGCGAGGAGUGAUUCAACACCGCAGCUAUUGCAAAAUAACAGUCGCAAAGAAGAGACACCAGCCAAAGACACGCGACGCGUGGAACAGCUUCAAGUGGGAUUCUCACCUUCUCAGCAACUUCGGCCUCUCUUUCAGCCAGCUGGCGAUAUGAACCUGAGUAUUGAUGGUAUCUACAGCCCGGGAGCGCCGGAUUUGAAUAACAGCUCGGAUGAUUCACUUUUCAAGCGACGCAGGCUUGAGGCAGUUGAUUCGCAGGGAAAACCACAGCCCACGAAACAAGAGGUCUCGGAUGCUGAACAAGUGGGCUACGUCUCACCACUCAGUUUGACCUCGCGGGAAAGUAGUCCCAAAAGCAAAGUACGUCUCGCAGAUCAGAAUAAUGAGCGUCAGGGAGACCCUCGGAAAUUGCAAGGAAAUGAUAUAACAUCACCAGUCACUGGUAUGCUCAACGAAGACGUUCCAUCACGAGUGACAAAGGAUAUUCCUACACCGGAAAAUAAUAGUAAAAAUGCACUAGGAUCAGAUCCGGGCUUGACACCCAUUUCAGCCACAUUGUCUACCGCUCCCAAUAGCAAUGAGUCGCCUAUUAUAGUCCUGAGCGAUGAGGAGGAUGAUCUUAAUCCAGUACUUCGUGGGAGAGCCAAUGGAGUAGACGGUGAGGUGAAGGGGCCUUCUACCUCGAACAGCCUCGCCAGCGCUAACGCAAGUGUGGAACGCUUACGUGCUAUUCAUGACAAAAACCUGAAGCUGAAAGUUCAAAAAGAUCAGGAGUUCGCGCGACUCAAGAAUACCUGCCGCGAUACAAGAAUCAUCCUUCAGCGGAAGCUGCAAAAGAGAGAGAGACAUAUUCAGGAGAUCAAAUCUAAAUUAAGCCCAGUAAUACCGUCUGAAAACAGUCUCGAGCCACAUUCAGACAUGUCGCUGGACGCAGAACUGCUCUACAUGGAGGAACGAAGGCAACAAACGCUAGCGAAACUUCAUCAACUCGAUACUAAGGAGGUGCUCGCGUUUGAAGAGCACACCAAGUUCUUCGCCGGGCACGGAUCCAAACUUCGACAGUCGCAAAUGGACCUUCAAAAUGCUUUGAGUAGUCGUUUGCACGCGACUCUCGUAGACAAGCGGGCCAAGCUUAUGGAAGAGAAGAUGAAUGUCGAUCGUCUCUACAAAACUCGUGUUAUAGACCUCGAUACGAUGGUACGAAAAAAGACUGCCAUCGAUAAAGCUCUCAACGAACUGCAGAGCACUCAACUUGCUCCAAAAUCACCGGACGACUCUCAGUCCUCGGACGUCUAUUUCAGAUCGAUCGAUGUCGCUACAGAUCUGAUCCGCAAAAACUCAGUGAGGUCAUCGGAGAACAAAACUUUGAUGGAGCGCUAUUUGAAAGUUGUCGCCCAGUUCAAAAGGGCGUGUGACAAAGGAGACCGCUUUAGCCCUCAGACGAGAUAUCUAGUCGAAAAAGCGAUCACAGAGUUAUUUCGUCAUGGCGUGAAGAUGCCGGCGGUUAGUGCCUACCUCAAGAGACUGAACUUCAUUGUACUACCGGAGGAUUUCGACAAGGCAUAUUCGUCAAAAGCUGUACCCGCAGAGAACGACGAUUUCCAGUCUGUGGAUGGCACGCUGGGCGCUGAUAAUGACAUUCUCGAACUUGUGAAGUCUCAGGAUGAGCAACGUCAAACAAAUUCGUUCCAACUCUCGAGCAUUUAUAACAGUCAGGAUAAUGACAGCUUGCAAAAACUGCUUGAAGGGCUCAAAACUACAGAGGCAGAAAUUGAAGGAGAGGAGUUGACGCCGCCUGAAUUGACCGUCAACUUAAUGAAACAUCAACGCCAAGGGCUAUACUGGUUGUUACAAGUUGAAAGGUCUAGUAAAAAGGGUGGGCUUUUGGCCGAUGACAUGGGUCUUGGAAAAACAGUUCAAGCCAUUGCUUUGAUGGUUGCCAACCGUUCCGCAGACGAAAAGUGCAAAACUAAUCUGAUUGUAGCACCUGUCGCAGUACUGAGGGUUUGGCAAGCAGAAGUAAGAACUAAAGUUAAUAAGACUACUGGCCUGAAGGUUCUUAUCUUCGGGAGUAGCAAUGGGGCAAAAGUGGAGAAUUACCGCAGCCUACUCAGGUACGACGUCGUGUUGGUCUCGUAUCAAACGUUAGCAAGUGAACUAAAGAAACACUGGCCUGCAAAACUCACUCCAGACUCUGAAGAACCGACGGUGGUUGAUGUUCCGGACGUCAAGGCAAUUAACUCCAUGAAGGAGCGCAAUGAGUACUGGUCACCCUUUUUCUGCGAUCAGUCUCAAUUCUAUAGAGUCAUCCUGGAUGAGGCUCAAAAUAUAAAGAACAAGAAGACACAAUCUUCGAAAGCUUGUUGUGCAUUGAACUCAACUUAUCGCUGGGCAUUGUCUGGUACGCCUGUGCAAAACAACAUAAUGGAGCUCUAUUCGUUAAUAAGGUUUUUGAGAAUUUCUCCAUACAACAGGGAGCAAAGGUUCAGACUCGACAUAGGUAACCCGUUAGGGCGGGCCUCUAACGACUACGACAGUUUCGAUCGUAAGCAAGCAACCAAAAAAGUCCAAGUUCUCUUGCGGGCUGUUAUGCUGCGAAGAACAAAGGACUCCCAAAUAGACGGGAAGCCUAUUUUAGAGUUACCUCCAAAAUUCAUCAAUGACGAGGAAGAAACUUUACAGGGCCAAGAGCUGGCUUUCUAUACUGAUUUGGAGCAGAAAAAUCAGAAAAAAGCCGAGAAGCUAAUGAAUAACAGAAGCAAGGGAAAUUACUCUAAUAUUUUGACUUUGCUUUUGAGGUUACGCCAAGCUUGUUGUCAUUCCGAACUCGUUGUAUUAGGCGAGCACAAGAGUGAAACGUCCAAGGUUGCUAAUGGCAAAAACUUUGAAAACGACUGGUUGCGUUUGUUUGAGCUGGCUCGACGUAUGCCUGGUGUUGGAAAAGAUACGGUUGUGGAAGGUCUUGAGAAGAUGACUUGCCCAUAUUGUAUGGAACAAAUGGAGUUGGAUUCAACUGUUGUGAUUACGCCGUGCGGCCAUAUGCUAUGUGACGGCUGUGCAGAGCAGUAUUUUGAGGAUGUCCGUUCUCAAGGCAAUAGCAGAAAAAUCGUGAAUAGCGGUUAUGCGGUGCCAUGCCUGGUGUGCAAUAGAAUAAUCGAUGAUAACGAGGUGGUCACCUAUAAGCUUUACGAUCAGGCUGUUAAUCAGAACCUUACUGUUCAAGGGUUACGGGCGGAAUAUGAGACUGAGAUGAGGGCUCAAAAGGAUCGACUCAAAAACGGAUAUCAAAUAAACUAUGAUACCCUCCAGCCGUCACCUAAGAUUUUACAAUGCUUAGAAAUUUUCCGAAAAGUUUUGGAGUCCGCUCAGCAAGAGAAAAUCAUUGUGUUUUCGCAGUUUACCACCUUCUUUGAUCUGCUUCAGCAUUUUAUUCGCAAAGAACUGGGUGUUCACUAUUUGAGAUACGACGGUUCUAUGAACGCUCAAGCGCGUGCUAAUACAAUCGACGAAUUUUACAAAAAUCCGAACAGGAGGAUCUUGCUAAUUUCCAUGAAAGCGGGGAACUCCGGUCUAACACUUACUUGCGCCAAUCAUGUAAUAUUGGUAGAUCCAUUUUGGAACCCAUUUGUCGAAGAGCAGGCCAUGGAUCGUUGCUACAGGAUUAGUCAAACCAGAGAAGUGCAGGUUCACAAGCUUCUGGUCAAAAAUUCGGUAGAGGAUAGAAUUUUGGAGCUACAGAAGAAGAAGAAAGAGCUGGUGGAGAGCGCAAUGAGCCCCGACAAAAUUCAGGAAGUCAAUAGUUUGGGACGUCGUGAAUUGGGAUUUUUGUUCGGACUCAAUACUCUCAACUAA